AUGGACGAGGAUGAGCUCGCUCUGCUGGGCACGGGCGGAGGGGGUCCGUCACCCCCGUCUUCCGCCCCAGCAGCGGCCCAAGCCCCGGCCAGUCAGCAGCAGCCCGCUAGCGGCGGCCCCGGGCCCGGAGGCGCUCCGCAGCACCCGGGAGCGAUGCGUCCAGCGGGCAACCCGUACAUUCAUCCCGGGCAGCUCGACCACGCGCAGCUCCAGAGGCCUGCCCUGGCCGCUGCCAACCCCGGCGCACCCACCCUGCAGCGCCCGCCGCCGCAGCAGCCGCCGGGCGCGGCCGCGCGACCACCGCAGGCGCAGCAGCAGCAGGCGCAGGGCUUCGCGGAGGCCGAGCAGAAGCCCGUGAACAGGCAGCAGGGGGGGGGCGACAGGGAGAGGAGCGCGGCGGACACGCUGGCGAAGAUGGUCACGUUCUGGGUCAGUUUGGCGCAGAAACGACCCGCGCUGAAGGAGCUCGAGCCGCUCAUCCCCGGCGUCAAGGCCGGGAGGGUGACGAAGGCUGACCUCGCGGUCAAGCUGCGGGAGCUCUGCCCGGACCUGGGCGACCAGGCCUACCCGGUCCUCGAAAAAUACUGCAAAGACUGGGCGCAGCGCAGGAAGGCCCAGAUGGCCCAGGCGGCCCCUGCGAUGACGGACGACAUGAAGGCACAACUGGUGGCCGGCGACGGGCGCCGCUUCGCCGCGAGCGGGUACCGGCCGCCCAAGGUGUCGGUGCUCGGCGAGGGCGCGCGGAGCGCCGUGGUGGCGCAGAUGCGGGACCGCGGCAUGGCCGGGGACCCCGCGGUGAGCGCGCGGACGUUCCUGGACAGCGCGGUCGGGCAGCACGUGGGCGGCGUGCUGCAGCGGCUGGUGGACAUGUCGCGCGUGCGGCUGGACCUGGACAAGUGGGGGUGGGAGGUGGAGGUGCGCAGCGAGGCGCGGCGGUACGUGGUCAAGGUCGUGAAGGACGAGCGCGAGGCGGCGUCGAAGCGGAAGGAGCGCAAGGCGGAGAUGGAGCUGCUGCUGAAGACGCGCAAGCGGCGGCAGGCCGACACCGCGGACGCAGGGCCCGCGGACAAGAAGGCGAAGCUCUCGCGGCCCGCCGGGCCCGCGGGCGUGUGGUUCAGCGGGCCCAGCCUGUCGCUGAAGAACACCGGCGCGAAGCCCAAGACCUUCGCGGGCGCACCGAAGCUCAGCAGGUCCACGCCGGGCGCCGGGCCGUCGUCGGGUGCGCAGCCGGCGGCGGGGGCGGCCGCGGAGGCGGAGGAGGCGAAGGCGAAGGAGGACGCGGCGAUUAUGGCGACGAUCGAGGACACGUACGCCGCGGAGGCGGAGCGCAAGCGGCGGAUCGUGCUGGAGGAUCUGGCGGCGGUGCUGCAGUCGGAUCCGCGGUACCGGAGGAGCCAGGUGCUGUACAAGCUGUACGAGAAGAUGGCGAAGGAGGAGCGGGAGGCGUACGCGGAGGCGGACUGA